CCGAUAUGGCAAUAGAAGCAUUUCAAGACUCAAAUAUGAAACAAUUCCUGCUGAUAGCACUGGUCGGCGCUCUGGCCCUGGCACUGGUCUAUAGUCAUCCGUUGGAAGAGCAGCGCCUUACACUGGAGGACGCCGAUGCCCAGCCCGUGAACGAUGAGGGAGCCGGCAUUCGAGCGGCCCGUCACUUUGGCGGCGGCUUUGGCGGAUUCGGGGGCAGAGGAGGUGGCGGUUUCUGUUGCGGCGGAGGUGGCGGUGGAUAUCGCAGAGGCGGCGGUGGCUUUGGAGGUGGUUAUCCAGGUGGUGGCUUUGGAGGUGGUUAUCCAGGUGGUGGUUAUGGCAGUGCAUCUGCCUCUGCUUCAGCCUCUGCCUCCAGCUCCGGAGGCUACUAUGGCAAGUAAUGGCCAAAUGAUCUGACCUGUGCUAAAAACAGAUUAUAGUCGAAA